AUGGAUACAUGGGAUAAAAAAGUCUUAACUAUUGAUGUUGAAAAUAUGGAAGUUGAUGAAGAUAAUAAUGAACAAAAUAUUGUUAUAAAAAAAGAAAAUUUAGCCGAAACGGUUCAGAUGGAUUGUUCAUUAACAAAAACCAUUCGAUGUUCACAAAUUUUAAUAAUGUUUAUCAAUAAUGAAAAAAAACUAAAAACAACACGUCAGUUAAUUAAUGAUUGCAUCUGCAAACAUAAAACAAUAAUGCUUAAUCCGUUCGAAAGCAAAGGAAAAUUACCAAUUGCAUCAAAACAAAAAGAAAAACUUACAUUACUAGAAAUAUCAAGUGAUGAUUGGAUGAUAAUUAUUAAUUUAAUGAAUAUGUUUGAAUAA